UACAGUACAGUAGCCUACACACCCCUCCUUGACCUCAUUUCAUUCUGACAAGAUUUUUUUUUUUUUUUUUUUUUUAAAUGAAAUGAUUCUACAUUUGAUUUAAUUACGACACCGUCAGCAAUGUUCAACAGAUCCACUGGACUUUACCUCUAACGGGGACUCCGAUGCAACAAUUGGGUGCUGUCAUGGCAACUGUGUAUGUCUGCAUGCUUGGGUGCGUGAACACACUGCUAUGGACAGAUAAAGAGCAGUGAUAUGGAGACACCAGGGCAUCUGCACACUGCGAGGCCCGGGACACAUCUGGCAUAUCUACCACUGCUUCCCACCACAAAUAAAUAUCUGCAGCGGAAAUGGGACAAAGCUGCAUAUGAUUUACACAGAACAGCGGUGAAGUCAGCAAAACCAACAAUUGACACAACUCCACCAAAGAUGUAUGCUCACCUGGCUCUCAAUCUGAAGAAACUUCAGAUUGACGCUGAAAGGACAAUAAAGAUUCAGAGGGAAAAUGAACUGAAUCUGGAGAAAAUAAACCACAUCAUGAGGACAACUGGAGAGGUUGACAACAGGCGAUACUAUGACAGAAAAAGCCUUGGCAAGGAGAGGCGGCAGCAGGAGUUGCUCCACAUUACCAAGGAGAAUCAAAUGAUCCAGUUCCGCCUGAGUCACUGCAGGUCUCACUAUGGUGUGAGGAACUUGCAUGAGGACUGGCUCAAAACUUUCAAGGUGAUGACCAGGAUUGCACAUUACCCACGAAGAUCAGCAAAUCAGCUAAAGGGACAAAAAAACCCAACCUCGUCAAAAAGUGCAGCGACUGUGAUGAAGAGAAAAAGAUCAACGUUUCACAAACACAGCACCUCAAGCAACAAGGCCGACGGCAAAGCAGAGUCUGGGAAAACUGUUAGGAGGGGAGAAACCAGCACAACAGAGAGUACAGGAAGAGAGAAACAGCAGGACAUAGCUCCUGAACCAAAUCUACCUGAGAAAUCCAUCUCACCUGGUACACCUGAGAAACCUGGUUCUUCUGACACCGACGAUGGCAGAUAACAAUUCCUCACCCGGAUCUGACCAACAUCCCUCAUCCACCUAACACACUGAAGCAUGAGAUUGCUGAUUAAAAAAAAUGCAAAUAAAUUGUUUGUUUUAA